UGUAGCCAAGCMAAGCAAACAGCAGAGGUGAGGAGAAACAGGAAGACAGCAGAUAUGAACAGCCUCUUAUCCAGAAGAGACUCUCAGGUGCAGGCAAUGGAGCAGACGCUGAAACAUGCGGAGAAGAACCUGGGUGAGAUCUGCUCCAUCCUGGCUUCAUAUACCAGAAAAACAGCCAAGCUCAGAGACAAGGCGGACCUGCUGGUGACUCAGCUCUUCGACUUCUCCAGCACAGAGGGCCCAGAGCUUCAGGUCGGCCUCAAAAACCUGGCUGAAGACCUGGCUAUGGUUCAGGACUACAGGCAGGCGCAGGUAGAGAGACUGGAGACAAGAGUUGUUGCCCCUCUGAGGGCCUAUGGAGACAUCGUCAAGAAAAAAAGGAUGGAUUUGAACACAUUCAAUGCUGACCUGAACAGAGAGCAGAAAGAGUUGCAGAAACUAGAGAAAAUCCAACUAAGAAGCCCUGCUGAUCGACAAUCCAUUUCUCAGGCGGAGGUGAAUGUUCAGAAAGCUUCUUCCAACGCUCAGCACAGCAUCAAACAACUGGAAGAGACCAUCACAAACUUCCAGAGUCAAAAACUGGAGGAUAUUAAAAAGAUCUUUAUAGACUUCAUCACUGUGGAGAUGCACUUUCACGCGAAAGCACUUGAAGUCUAYUCACACACGUACUACAACCUGGAGGCGGUGGAUACGCAAAAUGAUCUUCAG